CUCCAAUUUCCCGAACCAUCAGCAACGCAAUAGAGUUUCCCUCCCAUCCUAGCCGCAGUCCCUCCCUCCCUCAGCCGCACUCGGUGGUCGGCGUGGCCUCUCUCUGCCCUCUUCUCUCGUAGCCUCUCUCUCUUCUGGAGACCACGGUCUCGAGGCUAACGAAGCUGCAACUCCUUGAAAUUGCCUCUCUCUGUCUCUCUCUCUCGAUCACGGAAUCAGAUUUCUGAUAUGUAGGAAAACAGAGUGAAGGAUAACAAUGCUGCCACAGCGCAUGAAGAAGGUCAUUACGGAUAAUCCAAAGAAGCUUGCCAACUUGAUUGACCUUGUAAAUCUUCCAUCGACGCUCAGAGACUUUGUGGGUCAGUCUCAGAUUUCUCGUCUAGGCUGUUUCAUGCAUGUCUGGUCCUACAUCAAGACCAACAAUCUGCAGGAUACAAACAACAAAAAUGUGGUCAAUUGUGAUAAAAAGCUGAAGAGUAUUUUGUUGGGCAAGCCUCGGGUUGAGCUAGCUGAACUUCCUGCAUUGAUCAAAUUGCAUUUUCCUAAAGAGCCAAAGUAAGCUGUGCAAUUGAGUUGAAGGUGCCAAUGUUCGGUCUUCCCCCAAAGUAUUCGCCUCCUUCAGAUGAUCCUGAAAAAAAAAAUUAGGUGCUUCUUGUUGUACAACAGAAUUAAUUGAUGAGUUUAUCUAUGUUUGAAUUUGUAGUUAAUUGUAGUUACUUCAUCCGCAGCAUUGAAAUGAAUCUGAAGUAGCUAAUGUUUUUAUUUGUGAAA